AUGUCCAAUUGCAGCUCUAUCACCCAGUCCCUCCUCCUGCCAUUCACAGACACACAGGAGCUGCACUGGCUCUUCCUGGGCAUCUACCUGGCUGCUCUCCUGGGCAAUGGCCUCAUCAUCACUGCCAUCGCCUGCCACCACCACCUCCACACCCCCAUGUACUUUUUCCUCCUCAACCUCUCCCUCCUCAACCUAGGCUCCAUCUCCACCACUCUAUUCAAAGCCAUGGCCAAUUGCCUCUGGGACACCAGGGCCAUCUCCUACGCAGGGUGUGCUGCACAGGUCUUUUUCUUUCUGUUCUUUAUGGUAUGGGAGUACUGUCUUCUCACCAUCAUGGCCUAUGACCGCUAUAUGGCCAUCUGCAAACCCCUGCACUAUGGGAACCUCCUAGGCAGCAGAGCUUGUGUCCACAUGGCAGCAGCUGCCUGGGGCGGUGCAUUUCUCCAUGCUGUGCUGCACCCUGCCAAUACAUUUUCACUACCACUCUGCCACAGCAAUGCUGUGGACCAGUUCUUCUGUGAAACCCCCCAGAUCCUCAAGCUGUCCUGUUUACACUCCUAUCUCAGAAAAGCUGGGCUUCUUCUGUUUGUUUUUUCUUUAUCUUCAGGGUGUUUUGUUUUCAUUGUGCUGUCCUAUGUGCAGAUCUUCAGGGCUGUGCUGAGGAUCCCGUCUAAGCACAGAUGGCACAAAGCGUUUUCCAUGUGCCUUCCUCACAUGGAUGUGGUCUCCCUGUUUUUGAUCACUGCAAUGUUUGCCUACCUGAAGCCCCUCUCCAUGUUUUCAUCAGCUCUGGACCUGGUGGUGGCAGUGCUGUACUCAGUGGUACCUCCAGCAGUGAAUGCCCUGAUCUACAGCACGAGGAACAAGGAACUCAAAGAUGCACUGAAGAAGCUGAUUCAAUUAUUUUUCUGUCAGCAGCAAUAA